UUCACUAUUUAAAAUUUGCUUAGAAAAAAUUGUGUUUAUUUCGCUUUAACAUUUAAUGAACAUUUAUACUAAAUUCAAAGAAUAAAUAUUUAACAAUAAAUAUUUAAGAUGGCCAGUAUUGGUCGCUGUUGCAGAAAUGCAAUCUGUAAAUGCAUUCGUUCUUUUGGUGUGAAGAAAGAUUAUGAAGUACAAAACCUUGGAUUCGAUCGGUUCUGUAUUAGGUGUGCUAGCUCGAAGAGCAAGAUUGACGACAAAGUCACGCAAACUCGGCAAGCAGGAGUAAAUGUAAAAAACCCUGAAAAAAGAGUCUCUACAUUGGUGCAUAAGUCAGAAUUGGCUGUAGUGCCAGGUUCCAUGCCUACAAAUCAAUAUGUACUUGAUACAACUUUGAAUAAAUCGUUAAUGAAGAAUUAUGAAAGCGAACCACAGGAAAAUACAGAGUUUCAACCAACUAGUGACGGGGCGUUUGAUCCUAUACCUAAAUUUAUCUCUGUUGAGGUUGCAAAAAAUAUGUUAAAUGAAUUAAAAGUUUCAAAUGCUGAAAAAUCUUUGGAAGGCGAUUCUACUAACACACUAGAUCAAUUCCCUAAGCUAAAUAAUAAUAUUGAAGAUUUAGUGGAAAAUGAGAAACAGAUGAAAGAUAACACUGAUUCAGAAGAUGCGAUGGUUACAGUUCAAGUUCCUUCAGGUCAUGCACGUUUAAUAUCAGAAAUAAAAAUCGUAGAAGGAUCAGAGUUUGGAACUACCGAUGUUUCUAAUUUGAAAGAAAGAAUACAAGUUAUUCCAGCAUCCACUUUAUCGAUGUCUAAUGACAAAUUUGGAAAAGAUUUAACUAUGGAAAACGUACAAGUUGAUCAAUCUACUUUAUUCUUGUCUACUGAAGAGAUUGAGAGAGGUGCAGUUACAUAUAAUGAAUUUUCUUAUCCAUACACUUUAUCGAUGUCUGCAAAGGUCAAUGAUCCAUCUGUUACAACUGAAUUAGUUGAAAAAAGUUCUGAAAAUAUGUUGGAAACUCCGUUAAGCAUAAGCGUAACUGUGUAUGAACAUAGCUUGUUUAACACAGAUGCACAUCAAACUUCAUUAGACGUUAGUGCUGGAAAUGCAACUUUUUCUGCUGAACCACAAGCUAUUGAUUUUAAAGAAGCCACUGAACAAGGAACACAAAACUUUGAAAACCAAAAAUUUUCUUUAGGUACUUUCCCCUUUGAUAAAGCAAUAGGGGAUGCUUCUGUAAAAAUUGCGAAGAAAGAAUUAUCAAGUCCAAAACAGUCACCAAUAUCUGCAGCUCAAAAAGCUAAUCGAAAAUCAUAUAAAGCUGGAGGGCAACUAUUACCAACACGUGAUUUGGCUACCCCACCCGCUAAAACGCCACCACCAGCAGGCGGUGGAAAACCUCCCGCUGGUGGAGGUAAACCUGCUGAUGGCGGAAAACCUCCUGCUGGCGCUGCAAAACCUCCUGCUGGUGGUGGAAAACCUCCUGCUGGUGGCGGAAAACCACCUGCUGCCGGCGCUGGUGGAAAGCCUCCUGCAAAAGGUGCUGCAAAACCUCCAGCAGGCGGUGGAAAAGCUCCAGCUGGCGGUGGAAAAAAAGCACCACCUGCAAAAGUUACAAAAACUUCAAUAAUGAAACAGUUUCAAAUUUACAGAUGGAAACCAGGUGAUAAACCUUCCAUGCAGAAUUAUACAAUUGAUUUAAGUCAAUGCGGUCCAAUGAUGUUAGAUGCUCUAAUUAAGAUCAAAAAUGAAAUGGAUCAAACGUUAUCAUUUCGCCGCUCGUGCCGCGAGGGAAUUUGCGGCUCGUGUGCUAUGAAUAUUGGUGGUAUUAAUACACUUUCCUGCGUUACAAAAAUCGAACGUACUACCAAACCAAUCAAAAUUUAUCCUUUACCUCAUAUGUAUGUUAUACGUGAUCUUGUACCAGACUUAAGCCAUUUUUAUUAUCAAUACCGUUCCAUACAACCGUGGUUGCAACGUAAGAACGAGCAGGCCGAAAUAAAAGAACGUAAACAAUUAUUGCAGCAUGUAGAUGACCGCGCUCUUCUGGAUGGCCUUUACGAGUGUAUAUUAUGUGCGUGCUGUCAGACUGCUUGCCCGUCCUAUUGGUGGACUGGUGACAAAUAUCUUGGACCUGCUGUUCUCCUACAAGCAUAUCGUUGGGUGAUUGAUUCGCGUGAUGAAGCGACUGCAGAACGUUUGGAUCGUUUAAGAGAUGCUUUCAGUAUUUAUCGCUGUCACACUAUUUAUAACUGCACCAAUACUUGCCCAAAGAGUUUAAAUCCUGGUCGUGCUAUCGCCUUGUUAAAGAUACUACUUUCUGGUUAUGUAGAAAGGUCUAAACCAAAAAUAGACCCAGCCGGAUUGUAUAAACAUUAAUUUAAUUAUUUUCUAUUUUGAUUUUACUAAAAUUGUAAUUUUAUUAAUUUAAAA